AUGACCACCCAGUCCACAACAAUAGACAGCGCCGCCUUCGCCGAAGCCGUCCAAGACCUCCCCCUAUCAUCCUUGUUCAACAAAGUCUCCGAACUCCGCAACUCGAUCGCCCACCUCCACCGCUCGAACUCCGAGAUCCGCGAGUUCGCCGAUGCCUCUAAAUCGGAAGAUGAGAAGAAGGAGCUGGAGGGCUACAUUGUUGAGAAUGAGGGCGUGAUUCGGUCAAUGGAGGAGCGGGUGGGGUUGCUUCGGGUUGAGGUUGAGAGGCGCGGGCAGGAGUGGGUUGAGGAGAGAAAGGCAGAUGAAGAGAGGGGGGCGUCGGAUACGAAUGGGGAUGGGGGUGCUCAGGCUAGAGCUGGAGCUGGAGCUGGUUCUGGAGCUGAUGCUGGAGCUGGUGUGGAGGAGGGUGUUUAUCUGUGA